GUACCAUUGCCACGGCAGAGACCCGAUCCCCAAAACUACGAAACCCUAGAUUCCCUUUUUCUCUCUGAAAAUUUUCCUUCGUUCUCUCUAACAGACGAAAUCUUACAGCUUCAAGUGGGUGAUUCUUAAAUCCCAACAUCACUCAGAUUUGGGGUUCUGUUGGCUUUGUUUUGCACAAGAACCUGGUUUUGCGUCUGUUGUGUAAGAAGAAUUGAUGAUUCUUUUGAUGGCGUCAGUUAUGGACAGAGAGAAAGAGAAUGGAAGCAAACAUAGCUCGGAAGACCAGCCAGUGGCUGAGGACAGGAACGGACAAAGUCAACAAUCAAGAACAGAGUCAGGAGUAUCUCGACACGAUGAGAACGGAAGUAUUCACUCAGACCCGCUCUCGAGAUCGUCAUCAUCAUCUUCUUCAUCUUCGUCUUCGUCUUCUUCAUCUUCCACGCCAUUAAAGGGUAGUAAAGAUUCAAACUCGAGAUCAGAUGAGCCAGGCAUGUCUCGAACGGAUUCACCUCCUCCAGUCCAGGUGAUGGACAGGAAUGUUCCUGAAGGGUAUGACCCAAGUCGGAUUCCGGCAUCGGUUUUCGAGAGGAACAAGUCUAAGAUACCAGCAGAAUGGAGCUGCACUUCAAACGAAUCUUUGUUCAGCAUUCACUUAGGAAACAACAGUGAUCUCAUGAAAUCAGGCGAGCUUUUCAAAUCAGGCGAGUUCGUUUCCUACAGUCCAGCAUUUCCCCUGCCUCCUCCGACAAAGAUUGGACCAGACGAGAAGACCCUUAAUCUAGCCAAGAAAGAAGUGGAAAUGCCUAAAGAGAUUGAGAAAGAAAGCAUCAAGAGAGAAGUAGAAAUGCCUAAAGAGAGAGAGAAAGGAAACAAAGAGAAAACGGUGGAUCAUCCUGCGGUUUCUUGGAGAUCUCCUACAACCUCAUAUUGUUCCAACGUGAGCUCAAACAGCGCGCACUCCUUCUCCUUCCCAAUUUUGGCGGCAGGAGCUGCCAGUGAGUCUGCAGAGGCAGAAGCUGAAGAUUUGAAGAAACAGAAAGUGCAGGAACCGAUGGAGACAACCUCAAACCUCUCUAGAAAUAGAUGGUUGAGUUGUUUUCCACCUUGCCCUUGGUGUGCUUCUUCUUGCUCUUGUUGUUCUUGAAGUAUGAUGAUGUCUUCCUUCCCCGUUUCAGUAAUCCCCUUUUUUAGAUCUUUGCACACUGCGGAGGAGAUUGAUGUCUUCAACAGGAAAAACCUGUAACUUAAUCCCUGUGUGAAGAGAGAGAGGUUUUAGACUUAAAACAGAGAUGUUACCAUAGGAUCUUCGUUAUUGAUCUCCUGUGUGUUUAACGAAGUGUAAUCUCCCAACCAUGUAAAAGCUCGAAGCAUUGACUUCACAAAGCUAAGUGUUGUAAAAGAAAUCAAUUGAUUUA